GAUGGAGGAUACCAAAACAAUGUGCCCCGGGUCCCUAAGGGAGGAGCAUGUUGCCUUCCUGUUGUAGCUGGCACUGUGUGGACCCCACCGCCACCGUGGAAGAAAGCAGGAGCUCAUGGCAGCAGGCCUACACCCACUCGGGCUACAGCACCUCCCCACCCUCCCCCGCCCACCUGUGCAAGGCCUGCGGGGGCCAGUUUGACAGUAUGAGGAGGCAUGUCUGUGUGGACUGUAAGAAGUCGUUCUGUGGCCGCUGCUCCGUGCAGCUAGAGCUGGUGCCACGCCUGUGUCUCACCUGCCAGCGUUUCCACCGCACCCUGUUUGACCGCGCCACACUGAUGAGGCUGAAGGUCAAGGAGCUGCGGGACUACCUGCACCUGCAUGAGGUUCCCACGCAGACAUGCCGAGAGAAAGAGGAGCUAGUGGAGCUGGUCCUGGGCCAACAGACGCCCAGCAGGAGCAGCAGUGAUACUGUCUCCCAACCCACUGCACCAGAGCUUUCUGAAGCUCCCACACCACUUCCUCCUCCACUGGCAGAGUCCGAGCAACUCACUGAGGAGGAAGAGGAAGAGGAAGGGGAGGAGGAAGAAGAGGAAGGGGAGGAGGAAGAAGAGGAAGGGGAGGAGGAAGAAGAGGAGUCCUCCGACAGCGAUGAGAGUGUGGUACCGGGCCGCAGGGCGUCUCUCUCAGACUUGAGCAGCGUAGAGGACAUCGAGGGCCUGAGCGUGCGACAGCUCAAAGAGAUCCUGUCUCGCAAUUUUGUCAACUACAAGGGAUGCUGUGAGAAGUGGGAGCUGAUGGAGAGAGUUACACGUCUCUAUAACGAUCAGAAAGACCUGCAGAAUUUUGUUUCAAGUACGAAGAAAGAAGCAGCAGAGCCAGCUGAGCCCAGCGGCCCAGAGGAAAACCUCUGUAAGAUUUGUAUGGACUCUCCCAUCGACUGUGUGUUACUGGAGUGUGGACACAUGGUGACGUGCAGUAAAUGCGGGAAACGCAUGAGCGAGUGCCCCAUCUGUAGACAGUAUGUGGUUCGAGCCGUCCAUGUCUUCAGAUCCUGAUACCUGGGACAGGCAGUCAUC